AUGAAACGUAAGAAACGAGAUUUAGACAAUAAAAGUACUAUUUCAACAUUUAUUUUCAUUCUACGGCUAUUUCAUAAAAAAUUUUCGAGGCUACAUAUUUAGAACUUGGUAUUUCUAAGAUUAAAGAUUAUGGACAUGAAAUCAAUAACGAAAACAAAUCAAGAACAGAACACUGCCCGUUUUCUGCAAGGUACAAAGUAAAUGUUAUUUUAUCAAAUACGACUGAUACGAUUAUAAAUAAAAUGAAUAAAACCUUUUCUAUAUUCGUCUCCUGGAUUCCUCUUCGACAUUUUUCUGAUUUUCUUUGGACGCAAUGCAAAAGCGAACGAACUGGAGCAAUUUAACGCCAGUUACUGCAGUUUACUUCACACUAGUGAUUUCUAGCCUGCCGUAAAUAGGGAUAUUUAAGGAAACAUAAGAGCGACUAGUAAUUUUUGUUCUUUGCAGAAGGAGAAACAUAAAAUUAAAUAUAAUUUUUAUCAUUGAAAUUAUCUGAAGAAUAUCCUUUUCAUUUGUUUAAAUUCUAUUACCAAGUUUUUCUUUCAUUGAUAAUUUCAUUUACCGCUUUGCUCUGUAUUCUUAAAUGCGCAACAAUAAGUAAGUGUGUACAUAUAACUAAGCAUCUUGAUUUUUCUUAAUAUUUAUUAAUCUCUUACAUAUAUUUCCAUAGGUGACAUGAUAAAUUGUUAUAUUUUUUACAUUUAUUUUCUUCCGUCUAUUCUUAUUUAAACAGAAAUACAUUGUCAAAUUUAUUAAUUUCAAUAAAAUGAGAUCAAUUGAAAUCAUUGAUAAAAAAAAAAGAGGCAAAUGAAGUACAUAAAGCGAUCGUAAUCUUACUUGCAGAUACAAAACUGCGAGUACGACAUUAGUUAUCGAAAAACCACGAAAGUGAAUCCAUUUCUUUAAAAUCGAAAUACCGAUAACGGAUCUAACAUAUAUUUAUGAUUUUUGAAAAUAGAAUCAAGCUAAAUCAUUAACAGAAUCGCAAGUACACUAAAAAUCAUUUUCGUAUUCUUUCAGUUAAAUUUUUAUUUACUCGUUUAAUCAAAGGAUUAAUAAACAGUUAACACAUUAAAAUAAUAAAAAAUUUGCAUUGUUAGUUUUACAAUUUUAAAUCAACCUUUCAUUCAAAGAUGUUAUUAAACGGAAUCGGAUUCUUACUGGUAAGAUUAACUACUAAAUUCUUUUAUCGUAAGAAAUAUUCUUUUCUUUGAUAUAUAUUAUUAAUUUAAAUAUUCUAUUAUAAUUUUAUUAUAUUUUUAUAUUAUUUUAUAUUAUUAUAUAUUAUAUAUUAUAUUUAUAUAUAAUAUAUAUUAUUAUAUAUUAUAUUAUAUAUUAUAUAUUAUUUUAUAUUAUUAUAUUUUUAUUACAUUUUACAUUAAUUUGAAUAUUCUAUUUCAAUUUGAAUAAUUCUAUUAUAACGUACAAAUAUAAAUUAUUAGCUUGAUCUUCUGUUAAAAUCAUUACAAAUCAUUAGAUAUUAAAACUAUAACAUAAAUAAAGAUUUUUAAUCAAUAAAAUUCACAGAUAAGAUUAGACGUGGACGUUUAUCAUUUCGAUUUAUUUUCAAAUCUUACGAAGCGCUACAAUAUCUUCAAUGAUUUCCUUAUCAGUGAUGGAAUUCUGAAAACAAUUCAAAUGAUUCAAUGUUUGGACCACCUCCGAUUUGCAAGCAUCAAACUUACUGCGAAAACGCAUCAAAUUAUCCAAGUAACAUAGUGUCAAGAGAAUUAAAGAAAAAUCCUCAUCUUCGAGGGUAUUCAUCUAUGGAUGAGGCAGAAAUUAUAGUUCCUAAAUCAGGUCUGACACGCGAUUCGAAAUGGAUGUAUAUUCUAAACGAUAAUAAGAAUUUGAAUCAAAGUGUACGCAUCGAGCAAUGCUUAAAUUUAAUUCACAAUAGAGAACGAGAUCAAUCAUGCAGGAUUAUCAGUGGGUUGGCUCAUGGAUACUAUACACAGUGCAAACAGAAAUACACAUAUCGUCAACUUUGGGCAAUAAAUAAUGAGGGUGCGAUAGUUCAGGAUUCAUUUCUAUUUCCAACAAGUUGUUGUUGUCAUGUCAAAUUCCGCGCUGACAAAUUUUUACAAUCAUUUGAAACUAAGAGAUUUAAAUAAUAGGGAAAAGAGUUGAAAUAUUAUGCAUAUAUUGCUGUAGGUACUUUUAAUAUUAUAAAAUAUAAUUAAUUAAUUAAAAAAUACAAUGUAAUUUAGUAAACUAAAUGUAUGUAUAAUGCAAUUGAAAAAUACAAAUGCAAAUACUUUAUCAGUUGUACGUGAGAUACAAAAUAUUAUCUACAUAGGUGAAAAUAUUUAGGUUUCUAUGUUAACAGAUGCAACUAUUUUUUGAUUUAUUCUGCUUUCUAUAUAUUAACAUAUGGUAUGUAUUAUAAUUUUGGAAUCUGGAACUUUUAUUUUUGUCAUCAACAAAAACAUUGUUCUAAAGCUCACGUUUCAUGUGUCUUUUUAUUCUAUUUUUCUAUUUUAUUACUAUUCCAUUUUAUUCUAUUUCAUAUAACGAUUUUUCUGAUUUCAGGAAACCUCGUGUUUUAGAAACCUGUAUAUACAUAAAUAUAACAUAGAAAUAAUUAUUAUAGCAUUAUUCGUGAAAUUAAAGAAAAGAAAAUUAUAAUAAGUUAUGAUCGACCGAUACAAUCAUCCUGUCACAAAUUAGAUGACUUUCGUGCUUCGACUACGUAAGAAUGUAAGAAUCAUAUUCAUAUGUGUAACCGGAUACAAAUAAUGGUAGAAUUCCGCCGAUUUACUUGCUUUCUAUUCGGUGUAUUCAGUUCGGAGUUCAACUUGAUAUAGAUGUACUAGACUAGAAAUACUUUUCAUACUGUAUUAUACUAAUAGAUCUUUUCCCACAGAUGUUAUCACAUUAAUUGAAAAUUAAUUUGUUUUAAUUUUAUUAUUUUAAUUUCUAGAUACUUUGUAGGUCUAAUUGUAAAAUAAUUCGAAUAUCCAUUAUCCAUUAUCUAUUGUUUUAACAAAACAACGAGUUUCCAGUCGAACACAUAUCAACGUAAGCCUAACGAGGUCUCAGUUGUGUCAUUACUCGGGUGGUCAAUUACAUUGUUCACGUACAAUGAAUAAAGAAACGAGAAAAAUAUGAAAACCAUUGAGUCGUCCGAUGAAAAUCGUGCAAAACCAACUAUUUAUUAUUCCAAGGGAUGUACCUGCGUUUCACUGAAAUCGCUUUCAUUAGCUUCGACUGAGGAACAUGAAUAAGAAAAGGAACGUAUAUGUUCGCUUCUUUCUCUUCUUUAAGCUUUUCUGUUACGCUUGUGGAAUCGUAUUUUAACACAGCAUACAGCUAUAAAUUUUCGUCGCAUCGCGAGCACCACCAUUGUCUGGGUAUAGCGGAAGAAAGUAAGUUAUCAUGAUUGGCAAAUUUCCAAAGUGCACGUCAAACUGAAAGAAGACAUGAUGAGACACAAACGUGAAGAAUAAGUUUUAAAUAGAAUGAUACACAAAACAAUUAAUAAUUCAUUCUAUAAUUCAAUAUAUUUCUAUUUUCAUACAUCCUGUAGAAUAGUUAAUAAUUAACAAUAUCUAUAAAACAGUUUUAAAUGAAAUUAAACAGUGCUUUAGUUUUCCAAAGGCAACUGUUUAGAAUAUAUCUGAAAAUUGUUUAAUAAUGUAUUCCAGUAUCAUCGAUCCAUCGAUGAGAAAAAAAUGGAAUGACAAUCUGAAUACAGAUCUCAAUGAGCCUGAUUUUUUACAUACAUAAAGGACAAAAGGAUCUCUAUCAAAUUUUAAGGAAAAAGUGUUCACGAGGUGGACAACAUUCUCUCGUAAAAGUUAAAAAGGUGGGAGUCGGUAUAAAGAGAAGAAAUACUCGAUGGCGAUGGCCAGUGAGUUCAGUGAGAGUGCCGUGAUCCUUUUACCGAUCUACCGUGAAAGUCAACGAUGAAGUUGUUGUCACUGCUCGCACUCGGCUGCACGAUCGUCGCGGUUCUGCCGCAGAGCACAGACUCGAGCGAGCAAGCGUUACAAGCACGUGCAUUGGCGCAACUCGAGCGACUAGCUCCUUAUCGAAGAACGCCGACAGACCGGGGAACAAUCGACGAACAGUGGCAGUUGCUCGAAAAUGUGGCCAAGGAUCCCGGGAUUAACAAACUCAGCGACCGGCAAAUCUUCGAGAUCUAUCGACUCCUCCCGGAGAAUCUGCAGAGAGACAUCAUAGAUCAAGUCGGGGGUAAUCGAGCGAUGAUCGAGUUGCUGGCGAACCAGAAGUACAUCGCGUCCAUGCAGGACAGGAUAAAACGAUCAGGAUCGAAGCGCGAAGUGUACAAUCACGAUGGAUACGAGUCGCCGCCGGACGGAUAUCCGCCGGCAGAGUAUCCGCCCGAAUCGUACGGAGAAUACGAAGGACACCCACAGCCGUCUGGAUCCGAUUCCGGAGCGAUUCUCAAAGGAUCCGGCAGUUUGAUCGGUGGCUUGACCAAAGGGAUAAUCAACGGGCUGGUGAGCGCAUCCGGCAGCGCUUCGAAAGGAUCCUCGUCGGUCUCGGCGGAGAGUUCCCAGAUGAGUGCCGAGUCGAGUGCCCAGUCGAGUGCCCAGACAAGUUCAUCAAGCUCGAACUCGGGCCACGAUAAACCAAAGCCGGAAUAUGGACAAGUUUACUCGUACAGCGAUAAGGCGUUCGACGUGUGGGACUUCAAAAAGGCAAUCAUUAGCACGUUAAUGCAAGCGGUAAAAGCCAUAACUGGCGGUGUGAUUGCUUUGAAAGGUCAGCUACUGAAAGGAGGCGCUUACCUUAUCGCGUCGAAGACCAAACUUAUUACUAAAACCGGGGAUGCUAUCACAGCAUUGGGUACUAAUAUCGUCAAGAAUGCCGCGCACCCUUACGCGCAGCCGCCACAUCCUGCAUACUUGUACGACCAUCCGCCGGAAGUUGUCGAUGACCAAGCGGGCCUUCUGAUCGUGAAGCCAACGAAACCAGACAAUCACGAUCACCACAACGUGGACUUGGACAUCCGGAAACCUGCCGUUACGCACACGGAAGACAAUUACUACGGUCCACCGCCGGAACUGGCCGACAAAGACGUGGAAAACACGGUGACAGGAGACACGCACAGCUAUCAAAAUUCUAAUCAAGACGAUUACAACGUGAAACCGAAUCAUCAAUUGCCAUCCAGCUACGACGUUUCGAUUCAACAACAUUCGUCGAACGAUCACAUUAAAGAACAACACGACUAUCCAAUUUAUCCGCCUCUUGCUACCGGUUCAUCGUUCAACAAUCAUCACAGUCCACUGUCUGUUCAACAGAGCGUCGAGUAUCCACCGAUACACAUUCAAUACUCUCUUCCAGAUAAAGGGAACUCGGCGUUCAACGGAGAUGCGAACAACAACGAUCUGUCCGUGUACUCGAGCGUAUCGAUCGACACUGAUCCUAAGAUCGAAUCAAUUAAAAUAUCCGCGGAGUUGCCCAAAUUGCAACCGUACACGGCCUUCCAGAAUUUGCCGCUGCUGCCGUAUUCUUAUCAGCUGCAAGGACCUUUGAAGAUACCGCUGCUGACUUCGUACUCGUCGCCGUAUUGGCAAAAUCAGGGGAUGUACCAGCCGUACGCCAAUUUCAAUUUUCACGGCUUGUACCGAAGGAGAAACAGCUCGCAGAGAAAGAGAUCCGUCAGUGAGAUUGCGCAACGUAUGAGACUGCAACAAGGCUAAAUCUGAAGAGUUAGUUACCAGUUGAGGUAGGUAAUUGAAAUCACGUUCAAUGUCAUCGAACAUUCUACAGAUUUUUUAUUAAUCAUAUCCUAAAGGUCUAAAGUUAUCCAAGCCAAAGGAUUCGUCGAAAUUAUUGAUUUCUAGACUGUAGAAUACAUCUGACACGCGACAAAAAUUCGCAUAAGUAAUAAUUGUUCGUAUCUUGCAUCAUCCAUACUAUUUUGUCUGCAUUUAUCUCUAAACAUCUUUGAUAUCCUUUUUGUUCCAAGCAGUUCUAUCGCUUCUCUCCCUUUGCCUUUACAAUUAAAUGAACUCUAUAUUCUGCUUUUAUACAAAUUUACUUUAUCUAACGCCUGUCUCACGUUCUUCCAACAUUUUGUGUUACAGUGAUCUACUCGUACGUGAAUGGACUAAACACAUUUGAGAUCCAGAACUCAGUAGUGAGUGUAAGGGAAACAAUGUUAGU